AUGACUGAUCAAGCAGUAACAUGUAUGGUGAGUCAUAACAGGUUGCAGAUGGGCUUCAUGAUGACUAUAGUCUAUGCAUUCAACACAAAGGAAGAAAGAAGAAGCUUGUGGAACUACCUAGACACUGUGAGUAAGAAUGUAGGGGGUCCAUGGAUAGUCAUGGGAGACUUUAACUCUGUGCUACAUACUGAUGAUAAAGUGGGAGGAAAUCCUGUAAGCUUGGCUGAAAUAGUAGAUUUCCAACAGUGCAUAGAGCAAUGUGAGCUACUUGAAUUGCCAACCAGUGGGAGCAGGUAUACCUGGAAUGAUAGACAUGGAGACAACAGGAUCCUAUCAAAGAUAGAAUGGGUAUUCAUUAACACAGCUUGGCUCAAUUUAAUGCCAGCAUAUAUGGCUUGUUAUCUAGAGGAAGGGAUAAGUGACCAUUGUCCACUAAAGUUAUCAAAUGUUAAUUCACCAAGGAGGGCAAAAGCUGCAUUCAAAUUCUGUAAUGUUUGGGCCUCUCAUCCAAACUUUAUAGAUAUAGUAAAUGAGGGAUGGAAGCAGGAAGUUGAGGGAUGUAGUAUGUUCAAAGUGGUUAGAAAGCUAAAAAUGAUGAAGAAGGAAUUGAGGAUGCUGAAUAAGAAUUAUUUCAGCAAUAUUAUUGAGGAAGCUGAUGCAGACAGAAUGGCAUUGUCUGUAGCCCAAGCUGAACUUCAUAAAAAUCCAUUGGAUGUUGAGCUUCAGAAAGAAGAACAUCAGAAGUUCCAAAAAUUCAAAAGAUCUUCCUACUUGGCAGAGGUAUACCUUCAACAAAGGAGCAAAGUUACCUGGAUCAAGCUGGGAGAUGAUAAUAACAGAUACUUCUUCUUAGUAAUAAAGCACAGGAGGCUGCAAGAAGCAAUUAUCCAACUUACUAAUAAGACUGGAGACAUGAAAACUGAGCAGGAAGAGAUAGCAGGAAUAUUUGUGGAAUAUUAUCAGGAGCUAUUGGGGACAAAGGGAAGAUUCAGGGAUUAUGCCAUUCAGAGUUUUUUGAAGAAUGGGAAAAUUCUAUCAAUUACUCAACAACUACAAUUGGUAAGAUCUUACACAGGGCCAGAAGUGAAAAAAGCAAUGUUCAGUAUAAAUGAUACUAAAAGUCCAGGUCCAAAUGGGUAUAGGAGUGGAUUUUAUAAAGCAGCUUGGUCAGUAAUUGGAGAGGAUGUGACCAAGGCAGUGUUAGAAUUUCUUGAGAAUGGAGAAUUACUUAGUCAGAUAAAUUCUACCAGUAUAGCUCUUAUACCAAAAGUGAAGAAUCCCUUACAGUCAAGCCAAUUUAGACCUAUUGCUUGUUGUAAUGUCAUCUACAAAUGCAUUUCUAAGAUCAUUUGUACUAGAUUGAGGAAAGCCAUUCCUAUGAUUGUAGCUGAUAAUCAAGCAGCAUUCAUUGAGGGAAGAUCACUUAUACACAAUAUGCUAAUAUGCCAUGAUCUUCUAAGACAUUAUAAUAGGAAGACAACCCCUAGAUGUUUGAUGAAGAUUGAUUUAAGAAAGCAUAUGACAUGGUUAGGUGGGAAUUUCUGGAGGAAGUCUUUAGAGGUUAUGGUUUUCCAAUGCCAUUUCUCCAAUUGA